UAUGCAUAUGCACUUCGCAUUCCAAAAUAUACAUAGCCAUAAAUAUACUUUUUACAAGUUUCAUAUUCUCUCAUUUUGAUUUGAAAUGUGCUCUAAAAAUGUCGUGAAAAGUGUUCAUCCCAAGGAUAAGGGAUCUUGGAUAUCCCUCCUUACAUAUGUGUUUGUCUUUCCUAUAUUUAAAAAGGCCCAAAAUAAAGAAAACAAUAGUAAAACUCCCUAUGAAGUACCAAAAUUUUUGGAAACCAAAAAAUGUGGAGAUGAGCUAGAAAAAGCUAUAGAAAAUAGAAAUAGACAAAGUGGUAGAUCUUCCAUACUAACAGUUCUGUGGUGUCAGUAUAAGUACCAUUAUUUAUUAAUUGUCACACCAUUUCUUCUAAUAAAAAUCAUCAAAAGUAUGUAUUCACCAAUAUUAAUGAGCAAAUUCAUAUCGUACUUUAAGAAAAACCAAACUAAAACAACUCUAGAACAAGCCCUAUCAUACAAUUUGAGCAUGUUUGUUAUUGAAAUCAUUUACUACUUAGUGUGUGGCCAAUACAACAUAUGGAUUACAGAUUUCUCCAUUAAAAUACGAGUGGCUUUAUCAUCGAUAAUAUUCAGGAAAGUGUUAAAAUUAUCAAAUAAAGCUUUGGCUAAUGUUGGAAACGUUGUUUCUUUAAUGACCAAGGAUGUAGCUAUAUUCGAAAGAGGAUUAAAAUCCAGCCAGGAGUUUAUAGUUUCAAUAAUACACGUUACAAUAAUUUGCUGCUUAUUGUACAGCAAGAUGGGAAUUAUAUCUUUGUCCAGCAUUCUUUUUUUGAUUUUGAUGUUUGGAAUGCAAUUAUUAAUUGGGAAAUACAUAGCCCAUAUAAGGGUUUUUAUCGACAAUAAAACUGGUGAAAGGAUAAAGGCUACCAAGGAAGUCCUAGGUUCUUUAAAAGUGAUUAAAAUGUUAACCUGGGAAAAUUUCUUCCUGGAAAAAAUUUCAAAAAUUAGACAGAUUGAAGUAAAUAGUAUGAUCAAAGACGCCUACGCCAAAUCAACCGUCAUCAUAUUAGGAUCACUAGGUCCCGAUAUGAUGAUCUACCUAUUUGUAAUGUCAUAUUUUUACAUGGGAGUUUCGGUAGAUGCAGAGAUAAUUUUUUACAUGCUCACAUGUGUUAGAUCCUUAAGACAUGUCAUCAAUUUUCUACUACCUACCUAUUUAGGUUUACUGGCCGACUUUAAGGGAAGUAUAAAAAGAAUUAACUUGAUUUUACUGGAUCAUGAAGUUGAGGAUAAAGAUGAUGUUUUCACUGAUGAUCCGAAGAUUCUUCUAAGGGAUUUCAAUGUUAGGAUUAAUGGUAAAGUCAUAUUUUAUAAUAUUUCCAUCAAGAUUAACAAAGGAGUUACAAGUGUCAUAGGUGCUAACGGUUCAGGAAAGACAACUUUUCUUCUAUCAUUACUAAGAGAAACCCCUCACACAGGGCAUUUAAUAACACAAGGUAGACUAUCCUAUGCCUCUCAAGAACCUUGGUUGUUCCCUGGGACCAUACAAGAAAACAUAAUUUUCGGUGAAACUUACAACCUAAAAAAAUACAACCAAACCUUACACAUAUGUGGCCUUUUGAACGAUCUGAAUACCUUACCUAAAGGCGAUGAAACUGUUUUGAUAAAUGGUGGUUUGAACUUAAGUAAAGGUCAGCAAUGCCGGGUGAAUCUAGCUAGAGCUAUCUAUAGGGAUAGUGACAUAUAUCUACUGGAUGACUGUCUAGCAUCUCUAGAUAGCAAAGUACAGGGUGAAAUUGUGGAAGAACUUUUAAAAAGUUUUAAAGAUAAAAUUUGUUUGAUUGUGACGCAAAAUAUAGAUCUCAUGAGAGGUUCCGAUAACGUGUUAUUAAUAGACAACUCUCAAAUAAAGUAUAGCAAACCUGACAGUCUUGAUAGGAAAGAUAUAGAAAAUAUAAACUAUAUUAUAAAGGAAAAUGAUGAAGCACUAAAGGAAGAAGCUAAUGAAACAACUUGUCUAAUAAGUGGUAAUAAAGAUUUAUAUAAAGAAUCACAAAAACAAGGCUCUGUUCCUCUUAAAUCUUACUUGAAGUAUAUCAAAUUUGGUAGAGGAUAUUUUGUGUUUAUUUUUAUUAUAAUUUUAUUUGGGCUUUCACAAUAUUCUGAAACUUUUGCGUAUAAAACCUUAACCAAAUGGGUUGAUUUGGAACAAAAAAAGUUAUCAUCAUCCAAAAACGUCACGAUGAAUGAACUCUUAAAGGAAUCCAGUAAAGUUAACAUGCAUUAUGGAAUUUUACUUGGUUUAGCUAUAUUUUUAACUUUGGUGAAAAUUUUGUUUUUCUAUGAUUUUACAAAAACCGUUUCAAUAAAUAUAAACACCAAAUUAACAUUAAAAAUGCUCAAAGCGUCCCUUUCUUUCAUUGAUACAAAUUUACUUGGAAAUAUAUUAAACAGAUUUUCACAAGAUUUAAACAAUAUUGAUGAAAUGAUACCCAUUGCAUUUUUAGAAGUGAUUCGGUUAGGAACGUCCCUAUUUGGCACAAUUAUACUUAUAAGUUUGGCAAAUUUUAAGUUAUUUAUUCCAAUAUUAUUACUCUUAAUAACUUUGGUCAUAAUGAGCUUAGUAUGUUUACCCAUAGCAAGGAAUUUAAAAAGAUUAGAAACAUCCACAAGAAGCCCUUUCAUAGGCCACAUAAAUACCACUCUAGAUGGAAUAGAAACCAUCCGAGCCCUCAACAACCAAAAACAACAAAUUCAAAUUUUCGAAGAAUCACACAAUACAUACAUAUCAAACUAUUACAGCCUGAUGUUAACUUUCCUUGCAUACUGGCUGUAUAUGAACGUAACAUGUCUGGUAAUAGUGUACGUCAUUGUAUGGGCGGUAAUGUUCGUAUUACCGGGUGGAUCAGUUGGUAAUAUAGGUAUUGCUUUUAUUGAAAUGUUUUCUAUGAGUAAGGGAAUAUCGAUGGCUUUAAAGCAGAUUACUGAUGCUGAAAGUUUAAUGACGAGUUUUGAAAGGAUUGUAGAGUAUAUAGGUGUUACGCAGGAAGAUAUUAAAGGUGCGGUGAUUGAAACAUGGCCUGGGAAGGGUUCAAUUGAGUUUCAUAAUGUUAGUUUAAAAUAUGGUGAAGCUAAAAUAUUGAAUAAUGUUAGCUUUCUCAUUAAUGAUGGGGAAAAAAUUGGGAUAAUUGGAAGAACUGGCUCUGGAAAGUCAUCGUUGGUAUCUCUAUUAAUGAGGCUCUAUAAUUAUGAAGGAACAAUUAAAAUAGACAAUAUAGACAUCAAUACAAUUUCUAUAGAACACCUAAGAAAAAAUAUUAGCUUCAUACCUCAAGACCCAAUAUUAUUCUCCGAUAACAUCAGAAAUAAUUUGGACCCCUUAAAACUCCAUUCAGAUCACUCAAUAUGGAAUAUAAUUGAAACAUUAAAAAUAAAACACCUAGUACCAACAUUAUACAACGAAAUAACCACCCUAAAACUGAGCAGUGGCGAAAAACAACUACUAUGUCUUGCUCGAGCUAUGUUAAGAAAAACCAAAAUUUUAAUAAUGGACGAAUCCACAGCUAAUAUAGAUUCAAAAACUGAAUUAAUUUUGAAGAAUAUUUUGAGCCAGCAUUUUCUAGAUUGUACAAUAAUUACUAUAGCACAUAAAGUUUCUUGUAUUAGCGAUUGUGAUAGAAUUUUAAAGUUAGAUAAUGGGGUUCUGUGGGAAUGUACUGAUGAAAAGAAGUUUAAAUAAACAUUUUAAAUUGACCUGAUUACCUAUAUUUAAAAAUUUGGUUUGGCAGAUGCCAAUUAAAGAAAAAACUAAUUUAAGAAUUUUCUAAAUAGUUUUGGUGUACCCCUUUGAUAGUCUAGACAUUAAAGGUCGACGUUUUGAUAAGGAUUUCACAUUUCCAUUAUUUGUCUUGGUGAAAAAAAUUUCUCGAGAUAAGAUACCUUGGUUGUCUACAUUUUUAUAGCUAGCCAAUAAAUUUUAAAUAAACGUUUUUUAAAGAAACACAUUUAAGAAAACGUAUUAAGUAAUAAGAUAAGUCUUUUAACGAUUUUUUACUUUUCCAUAUGAUUAAACAGUUAUAUAAACAUAUUUAAAAAAAUACGGUUGUUAUAAAGAAAAUUAAAAAAAAAAUUCUAAAAAAUAACUAUAUACAUUAUUAGUCUCUAUGACUUAUGAAUAUAUUACUAAUACCUUUUCUAAAUUUAAGUCACUAAAGGCCAGUUUAUCAAUCUCUGGUUAAGUUCCAGUUAGUCUGUCUGACUGUUAAAUUCCAUAUCGAUCGUUGUGAGAACAAUAGUAUCCAUGGAGAUUAUCUGCCAGAUAACUAACUGCAACUUUAACUGUAUACUAUAUUUAUACCUAUUAUAUUUGAACUGAGUCUAAUACUGCCCUGUUAAGCCAAACCCCCGUAUAUACAAAAUUAAGUAUUAAAGGACAAAAGCUCAUUUUCAUUGUUAAAAACAAUACAAACUAUGUUUUGUCCUUAAUUAUUUAUUAUUGCAGAUACGGGGGUUUAGCUUAGCACAACAGAAUAUUACCUUAAAGUAAUAUUAAUUUAUAUUAAUAAAGGUACCUACUCAAUUGAGUAUAAAUUUAGUUUUGUAUUAAAAUAAAAAAUAAUUAUAAAAUCAUUUAGUAAAUCGGCUGUAAUAAAAUGUGAA